GAUGGUUAACCUUAAGAUAGAUGAAGAAGAUAAUGAUAAUUCUUAUGAAUCUUAUGAUGAAGAAGAUCCAGUUUUAGUUUUAGAGGAAUAAUUGGAAAGAGAAAUAAAAAAAUAUUAAAGAGCUCUUGGAGUUAAGGCUAAAGAGAUUCAUCAUUAAUUAGAGAAUGAAAAGAAACGACAUUUAUUGUAAUAAGAAAUGGAAGAUAGAGAAAAAAAGAUUGCUGAAUUAAAUGAGAAGAUUAAAAAAGAAAAAUAAUUAAAAAAAAAAUAAAAAUUAGAAGCAGCAUAAAAGAAAUUUAAUGAAAUAAAAAAUAAAGAAAAAUAAUUUAAUCUAAAAUAAAUUGAUGAAAGAAAAAGAUAAUUAGAAAGAUUUGAAGAAUUAGGAAGAAAAUUAUAAUUUGAUGAACAAAUAAAGAAAAAAGAAAUUGAAGAACAUGAAAAAGCAUUAAGAUAAAAAUUUGAAACAGUUAAAGCAAAUAAAAAAAAAUUUGAUAAAUUUUUAGAAGACAAAAUGACACAUACUUUAUCUAAUUUAUAAAUAAAAUGUAAUUCUAUUAUUUUUAUUUUAUAUAGAAAAUGAAAGUAAUUUAAAUAAAGAAAAGUUUACAUGGGAAUGUAAAUUAGAAAAAUUAACUAUGAGAAGUUCUCAUUAUGAUGAAAAAUUAAGAAAAAUUAAAUUAUAAACAGAACAAAAGGAAGCAGAAACUAUUUAAAAAGUUGUAGAAAAAUUAUUUAAUUAAGAAUAAGAACUAUAAAGUAUAAUUUUAUAUAUAUAUAUAUUUAAGUUCUUGAAAAAUAAAAAUAAUUGGAUGAAUAAGCUAAAAUAAAAGAAGAAAUUACUAAACGUAAAAAAGCUUAAGAUUCUUUAAAUAGAAUUUAAUCAUUAUAAUUAUAACGUGUUACAAAUCUAGAGAAAAAAUUCUUAGAUUAAGAUUAAUUGAGUAAUAAAAGAAAGGAUGAAUAUGAUUAUUAAAAAAAUAUAAGGAAAGAGAAAUUGAAAAUUAAAUAAUAAGAUUUAAUUGAAAAUUCUUAAAGAUAAGAAAGACUUAAAGAUUUAAGAUUUAAAUAAGUUAUCAAAGAUAAUCAAUAAUUGAAUGAACAAAAAUCAUUAGAAAAACUUUCAAUGGAAUUGGUUAGAAAAGCAUAAUAAGAAUUAUAAAGAAAACUUAAAUAAGAAAAUGAAAAUCUAGAUAGAAGUUUAGUGUCUGUUAAUUAAGCAGAUAAUAAAUCUAUGGGGUAUUAUUUUAUUACUAUUAUUAUAGAAAUCUUGUUCAAUAAUUAGAAAAAAACUUAAUGCAAUAUUCCUAAUUUAUUUGA